GCUACUACCUAUAUAUUUCUAGCAUGGAAUUCGUAACCUCAAAGUAAUCGUGAGAUUAAUGUGUUAGGUACGUAGUCGAAACUGUUUGAACAAUUUGAAAGGAUCACUGCUGAGAAUACCUAUGUUAUUUAUGUAAUACCAGUUACAUAAAUCAAGUAUUUGAGCAAAUAAUGUCCGAUACUUAUUCACGGUUGCCUCUCCAUCAAGGAGCUUGUAACGAGUUGUACUAUCAGGUCCAGGAGUGUGAAAAAUCAGUAUGCAGAAGUAUAUCAUCAUGCAUUAAGCAAAAUUUUUGGAAAGUGCUCUGAUGUACAUGUGGCUUUGACAAAGUGUCUUAAACAAAACAAACUCAAUCUUGCUGCUGCAAACAGAGAACAAUCGCGCAUCCGUCAGGAAAAUGCUAGGAAAAAGUUGAAAGCUGAAAAAAACUCAAACAAGCAAUAAAUAAAUAAAUAAAUAAAUAAACCAAUUAAUCAAUCAGUCAAUAAUAAAAAUGGCAGAAACACCAGUAGAACGACUAGACAAGUUAAUUAUGGAGGAUGAUGAUUCUAUACCAGAAGACGAUUCCUUUGAAUUUCCAGAGGAUGAGGGCAUCACUGAUAUGCUUGACCAAAUUUCAUUGAAAACACAAUUUUCUAGUGUGACAGAUCGCUAUUUCACGCCUUAUUACAAAUUAAAUAUUCAACAGCCCCUGGAUGAUAUUUGCAUUAGAAUUCACAGUAAUCGUAUUUGUAUGCUGACCUUAGCUCCGAGUCAUCCACUUCUUCGAAAUGGUGUAAAAAUUGAGCGUAUAAGCUUCAAAGUGACUGAGAAAUUAGAUCGGGCUGCUAAUAAAGUCUCAGGAAAAGGAAAACAUGGGGCACAGCCAUUGCAAGAGAGCUCAAAUAUUUGUAUAAUAUAUUGUGACAGUGGUGAAAAAUGGAGUAUCAAGUGUUGUAUGAUGGGUAAACUAAUUGAAGUCAAUGAAACACUUGUGAAAGAUCCCCAGUCGAUUAAAGAACCACCUCACAAGGGUGGCUACCUAGCAAUUAUACUACCCAACAUUAAAAUUUACGAGGAAAUGAAAAAAAACUUAUUAUCCGAACAAGAGUAUCAGCAAGUUGUUUUAGAACGGAUGAAAUCAAAAUAUCAGUCGGAAGAUCAACUGGUACAUCAAAAUUGUCAAAAAAGAUCAUUAGAGGAUGAUUCGAUUAUAUCCUCAAAAGAUAAAAUAAAAAAGUUGUAAUUGCUUUUAUACCUGUAGAUAAUAAUAUGUAAAAUGUAGUAUUCCAUACAUUUCAGAUACAAAUAAACAAUAUACAUAUAUAUAUAUA